UCCAGUCCUUUUCCACACAACCCUUUGGAAAGUUUCACAACGCCAGUAUACAAACGAGAAAUCAUCGAGAAAAUGUUUAGAUCCAUUUUUGGACUAAAAUUCUUUGCAAGACCUCGGUCUUCAGGAGAUAUGGACUCUUCGAAGAAGAAGUCCAAACGAAGGAGUGAGAGACCUUCGUCUCCUGAAGACCUCAACCCUCCCACCAUCUUGAGGGAGCACGGACGAAGGGGUGAGAGACCUUCGUCUAGUGGAGGCACCAACCCUUCUACCAUCAUGAAGGAGCACAGGCAAAAGGGUGAGAGCCCUUUGUCUUGUGCAGAAAACAAGCCCUCUAUCACCAGGCAGCAAAUCCGAAGGGGUGAGAGCCCUUCCUCUUCAUCCUCUGAAGACAAGCAGCCUUCUACUCCAAGGCGGAAGCAAGCAUGGAGAGGUGAGAGCCCUCCGUCUUCAUCUUCUGAAGACGACCAGCCUUCUUCCACCAGGCAGCAAGAACGAAAGGAUGUGAGCUCUUUGUUCUACGUAGGCACCAACAUGAAGGAGCACAGGCGAAAGGAUGUGAGCUCUUUGUUCUACGUAGGCACCAACAGGAAGGAGCACAGGCGAAAGGGUGAGAGCCCUUUGUCUUGUGCAGAAAACAAGCCCUCUACCACCAGUGUGAGAAAGGAGAGGAAGAUCAUUGAAAGAGAAAAGCAGCGUUUGGAGAAGGAUGGUUUAAAAAGAGAAAGAGAGAGAUGUGAAAAGAUGAAGACAAAGAACCAGAAGGAGAAUAAAACGUUUGGUCUGCUUUCAAGAAUAUACAUUUGGAGGCUCAAUCGCAAGAUAGAUCGCAUUGCCAGGAAAAUCCAAUCAACCCAUGUGGAUGAGUGCUACCUCCUGCGUCAUGGUCCCCUCAUAAACCCAAAGGAAAUGGCAGAAAAAGAACGGCUGCUUGACCGAAGGAGGGACCUGAUCUUGUACAAACGCAGACAAGAAUUUAAGGUGGAGAAGGAAGUGAGGAAGCAAAGACUGAAGGUAGAGAGGAAGGAAAUAGAUGUGAAGAAGAUGGAGAAUAUCUCUGAGUUAUGCUCCAACUCAGAUAGCCCAGAUAUGUUAAAUCUUGGCUACGGGCCAAUGCCAGUCAGGUCACCCAAACUCAGAUUUGUUAACAUAUAUCAUUUAGGACAAUAUGAGAGCAAUCAAAAAAAUGGCAUCAAACAGAGAGAGGUAAUUGAGGGAGACGGCAAACAUUUCAGAUUUGACAAAACUGAAGUAAAGAGGCGGCAGGCCUGGGUUUGACUCUGACCUGCAGCCCUUUGCUGCA